AUGCUUGUUUCAGAAAACGGUCUUCCACGGAGACUCAGAACAGCCUACACCAACACGCAAUUACUAGAGUUAGAAAAAGAAUUCCACUUCAAUAAAUACUUGUGUCGGCCGAGGAGGAUUGAAAUAGCAGCGUCCUUAGAUCUCACCGAACGACAGGUGAAAGUAUGGUUCCAAAAUAGACGAAUGAAACACAAACGACAAACGUUAGGAAAACAAGGAGAAGACGGCGACGACAAAGACUCGGUGACCAGCGAGGGUGGUAAAAGCGCUAAACUUUCUGACAAAUUUCUCGAGGAAGAAAUGUCAAAAAAGAGCUGCCAAGGUUGCGAGAUGCCUACAGCGGGUUUGUGUAAUUCUCACGAAGAAAUGUCAGACGUUUCAUCUACUAGAGGCAACAAUAACAACACACCCAGUGCUACGAACAAUAAUACCAAUUUUAAUAACAACAGUAAUGGUGCAAGCAGCAUCGGCAGUGCAGGUAGUUUCGAUAAACUCAUGAACGAAGAAGAUUCGAGAUCGAACGAAGGUAGCGGACCACAAACAUCUCCGAGGAUAUCCAAGAAGAACUCCUCAGCAAUACCGAACAACGUAGUGGUGAAAAUAGAGGGACGAAGAAACUCGCCCAAUUCAUGUGAUAGAAAAGUAGGAGUAAGAAAAAUUUCCCCAAGCCCUAGUCAUAGUAAAGACAUUGGUAUCGGUCUAAAUGAGAGUAUUUCUACGAAAUCGUCGCCGAAGAGCUCAUCGGGCACGCCUGGGAUACCGAGUGGACCUCUAAGUUUACCUACUAACAUGGUGUACCAGCAAAUUCCACGAUCAUCCCCUACUACUGCAACAGCAAUAGCUUCUGCUACUGUAACAAUCCAGAAUAUUCCUAACGCCAUUCCACCGUUCGCCUCUAGAGGUGCAUCUAGUACACACUUUCCUAAUCAGUACAACAUGAACAACAGCCAGCACGACUAUCGGACGGACAACAGAUCUAAACACUACCAGAUGUCGCAGAUGUACUCUGCAGAUAUGUACAACCAAGAACACGGCGGAAUGAAUGACGCACAUACCUACCAUCGAGGGCAGAAUCAUACUGGAACUAUGGGACAUGUUAAAUAUAAUAGCAGAAGGCAAGCUUACUCUGGAUACGCUAGCCAACAGCAGUACUACUAUAAUAAUCAGUCUAAUGUUGAAAAGUAUACGAUGGGACAGAAUAGUUACAAUCAAGGUUAUGGUGAACAUUCUGGCUACAAUCAUUAUGGUUAUGGCUACAAUAAUGAGAGUAAUGAAGCAGUCCAAAUGCAAAACUCUGUCCAACUAAACCAUGACCAUACUGCUAACUACUAUCCAACAGAAGCCGUGAUUCCGAAGGCGCAAAACCCAGCUGAGUACCAAGGCAAAGUUGGAUAUUACGAAAACAACUACACUUCAAACCACAUGCCUCCUGCUACAGGAGGUGGUACUGACCCCGCCUAUGGUAUGGGUACUGAAGUCUUUCCUGGUACUAAUAAUGGUACCACCGCAAUCAUGACGCCACCUGCGAGUGUUCCGACAGAAAACAAUGAGAAUUAUAACAAUUUUCAUCAGUUUUAUGCGGGGGAAUCCCAAACACAAGUUCCAGUUCCCGGUGAAAGUAGUAAUAGUUCUUCGGAUUUUAAUUUUUUAAGUAAUUUAGCGAACGAUUAUACUCCCGAAUAUUAUCAAAUCUGAUCAGUGCAAUUAAAGAAUGUACAGUUAGCUGUUAAUAUUUUUGAUUAUUGUUAAAGUUUAUUGGUUUUACUUAAAGUUUUCGUUGUUUAUUUCGUAAGUAAUUCCGUUUAUAUUUAAUAAUUUUGUUUAGAAGACAAUAUAGCAUGACAUUGAAUUAAUGAAUUAGUAAUACGUAGCUGGUCUCAAGGCAAUUGACUUUUUAACAAUCAAAACUUAUGUCUCAAAGUUAUGUAUUGUUCCAAUGCAGUAAAUUCCACUUUCACAUAAAAGACUAAUAUCAUAAGUAAUGAGGAGUAAUCACUGUCAUAAGUAAUAGGGAGUUU